AUGCAAGAGGCAAGAGGCAAGAAGCAACAUGCAAGAGGCAAGAGGCAGAAGCAAGAAACGAGAGGCGAAGGCAAGUUGCAAAAGUCAAGAGGCAAGAAGCAACAUGCAAGAGGAAAGAGGCAAGGAGCAACAUGCAAGAGGAAAGAGGCAAGAAGCAACAUGCAAGAGGCAAGAGGCAAGAGGCAGAAGCAAGAAACAAGAGGCGAAGGCAAGUGGCAAAAGGCAAGAGGUAAGAAGCAACAUGCAAGAGGCAAGAAGCAACAUGCAAGAAGCAAGAAGCAACAUGCAAGAGGCAAGAAGCAAGAGGAAAGAGACAAGAGGCAAGAGGCAGAAGCAAGAAACAAGAGGCGAAGACAAGUGGCAAAAGUCAAGAGGCAAGAAGCAACAUGCAAGAGGAAAGAGGCAAGAAGCAACAUGCAAGAGGCAAGAGGCAAGAGGCAGAGGCAGAAGCAAGAACGAGAGGCGAAGGCGAGUGGCAAAAGGCAAGAGGCAAGUAGCAGCAUGCAAGAGGCAAGAGGCAAGAAGCAACAUGCAAGAGGCAAGAGGCAAGAAGCAACAUGCAAGAGGCAGAGGCGAGAAGUAAGAGGAGAAGGCAAGUGGCAAAAGGCAAGAGGCAAGAAGCAACAUGCAAGAGGCAAGAGGCAAGAAGCAACAUGCAAGAAGCAAGAAGCAACAUGCAAGAGGCAAGAAGCAAGAGGCAAGAGACAAGAGGCAAGAGGCAGAAGCAAGAAACAAGAGGCGAAGACAAGUGGCAAAAGUCAAGAGGCAAGAAGCAACAUGCAAAAGUCAAGAGGCAAGUUGCAACAUUCAAGAGGCAAGAGGCAGAAGCAAGAAACGAGAGGCGAAGGCGAGUGGCAAAAGGCAAGAGGCAAGUAG